AUGAAGGUCGCUAUUGUCUUGUCUGUUCUUGCCGCAAGUGCUUUGGCACUACCCACCUUCCGAAGUGCCCAGCCCGCUGGUGCAGCUCCUCGGGCGGACACCAGCGCCGAUGAGUCGUACUUGCCGAUGAAGGCUCGUGCCGACACUGCUGCUGAUGAAUCGUAUCUUCCUAUGAAGAAACGCGCAGACACGAGUGCGGAUGAAUCUUACCUGCCUAUGAAGCAGCGCGCCGAGACGAACGCCGAUGAAUCAUACUUGCCGAUGAAGAAGCGUGCCGAGACCAGUGCCGAUGAGUCUUACCUUCCCAUGAAAGAGCGUGCAGACACCAGCGCCGACGAGUCGUAUCUGCCCAUGAAGUCUCGGGCUGAGACUAAUGCGGAUGAGUCUUACCUUCCCAUGUAA